GUGCAUGUCUAAUGUAAUUUUACAUAUGAAUGUAUGAAUUAUUUGUCUUAUUCAUGUUAAUACAGCCUCAGUCCAUGGUGCAUCCGUGUGGGGGGACCCCAACAUUCUCAGAGUCACAGAUAUUUUUCCCAACUAUUCAUGAACGUCCAGUUUCUUUUUCACCACCACCUACUUGUCCACCGAAAGUAGCCAUUUCCCAGCGGCGUAAGAGCACCUCCUUCCUGGAAGCCCAAACUCGCCACUUUCAACCUUUGCUGAGGACUGUUGGUCAAAAUCUUCUUCCACCUGGUGGCAGCCCAACUAACUGGACACCAGAGACUGUCGUUAUGUUGGGUACAACAGCCAAUAGAAUAACUGGAGAGCCGUGUGAAAUGCAGGUUCAUCCUAUGUUUGAACCAACUCAAACUUACAGUGACUAUAGAUCUGGACUAAUACUUCCAGAAGAAGCUCAUUAUUUUAUUCCUCAGGAGGCAGUGUAUCUAGCUGGGGUGCAUUACCAGGCCCAGGUCGCAGAACAGUAUGAUGGCAGUGCAUACAAAUCACCAUUAUUAUCAAGUCCUAUGAAGCAGAUGCCUGAACAGAAGACAGUACAAGGAGGGCCUCCUUCAAGUUCUGUCUUUGACUUUCCAUCUGGACAGGCUUUCCUGGUAGGACACCUUCAGAAUUUGAGGUUAGACUCUGGAAUGAGUCCAGUAUCUCCCCUCUCUAGUGUUUCUGCACCUAUCAGCACAGAUACUACACGUUUGAAAUUUCACCCUGUCUUUAUUCCUCAUUCUGCACCUGCUGUGUUAACUCAUAACAAUGAGGGCAGAAGCAAGUGUGUAUUUGAAUUUCAUGUUCAUGCACCAAGCUCCUCUUCAGGAGAAGGAGGUGGAGUUGUACCUCAGCAUGCUUACCGAAACCAGCAGCUUGCAGUGGACUUAAAUCAGGAAGAGCCACCUCCUCAAUCAGUGGGAUUACCUGGCCGCCUGCAGCCUGUGACUGAAGAACAGUGUAAUUACCGUGCCCCAGAAUUGACUGUUACUAUGGUAGAGUCUAUCGGACAGAGCUGGCCAAUAGGAAGUCCAGAAUAUUCGAGUGAUUCUUCACAAAUUACUUCUUCAGAUCCCAGUGAUUUUCAGUCACCUCCCCCUACCGGGGGAGCAGCAGCAUCUUUUGGCUCUGACGUCUCAUUACCCAUUAUCCGUCUGCCUCAGACAAUGUUACAAGAAUCCCCACUUUUCUUCUGUUUCCCUCAAGGAACCACAUCUCAGCAGGUCUUAGCUGCUUCAUUUCCUACAGGAGGAUCUGCACUCCAUCCACAGGUUAUAGGAAAACUUCCACAAUUCUUUUAAACUACCUGCUAUGCAUCAUUACAUUUUACGUUUUCUGGCUCUCCUUUUCCUGAA